AUGGGUGACGCAACAUUAAAACACAGCACCGAGGUGCACCGGGACUUCAUCUCGCAAGUCCCGGAGUACCACCGCGUACGAUCGCUCAGCAUCGCUCAACCUGAUAAUGUGGCCGUCGGAACCAGUCUAGCGGAAUUCUGGGCUGGUAUUGCAAUCGAGGAAGAGUCCGAAUCCGCCAUUAAGAUCGGAAUCGCCAUACACGACGGCACAUACAGCGUCGACUUUGCGGUCCAUCGAUUAUGUUUAGAAGAAGACGCGCGAAAAGACAAAGACUCCGAAUGGGUGGCUGAACACAUAAUCGCGCAGCUGGACUCUUACCGAAAAGAACGUGUCUGCAAGAUCCUCGGUGCAGGCAUCACGGUCGACCUUCAUCGCAAAAGUCCGAACCUGUGUUCGCAAUUGUGGGCCGAACUGGACAUUGUGCCGUUUGUGAUCGAGUCCAAUCCUAUUCUACCAACGAAGCAGGGCCGCGAGAGACGGAAAGCACUACUCGUGGAUGAAAUCGCGGAUUCGGCCGCCCGAAAGUGUCUUGCGUUAUACGCCCCAACGAAAUUGCCCCGUCUGUCAAUCGAUUACCAGAACCAGGUCGAGGUCGAUAUGGCGGGCAUGAUCCACUUGGCUACUAUUGAUGACUACAAGAGAUCGGUGCGCGAGCCGACAUGGAGGGCGGUGCAAAAAUACAUCAAGGAUGUGGUCGACCGCAAGCUCAGAAUUGUCUUCUUCAGCGCAACUCCUCAGGGAGGUGGCGUUGCUUUGAUGCGACAUGCUUUGGUCCGGUUUUUGAGACUCCACGACGUCGAUGUUGAAUGGUUUGUCCCCAAGCCCAGACCGGACGUCUUCCGCGUGACCAAAAACAACCACAACAUUCUACAAGGUGUCGUCCCGCCCGACGUCCGUUCUACGGAUACCGAGCUUGCCAAAAUUAAGGAAUGGAUCUUGGACAAUGCGGAGCGGUACUGGAUGGGCGAAUCUGGCCCUUUGAGGGCUCCCGAGGACGGAGGCGCAGAUGUGAUUAUCAUCGACGACCCCCAGAUGCCAGAGUUGAUUCCUAUUGCCAAAAAGUUCGCCCCGAACCGCCCUGUCAUCUUCCGAUGCCACAUCGAGGUCAGAGACGAUCUUAUCCUAGAGGAGGGCAGCGCGGCACAGCAUGUCUGGCAGUUUUUGUGGAACUCGAUCAAACACGCAGACGUCUUUCUUAGCCACCCGGUGCGGUCUUUCGUGCCCAAUGAUGUCCGAAAGGAAGCGCUUGGCUGGCUGCCCGCUACUACUGACUGGCUCGAUGGUCUGAACAAAACUAUGGCCGAUUGGGAUUUGCAGUACUAUCUCCACGUACUCAGACAGACGUGCCAGGCUCAAUGUCUCCCGCAACUCGCUUAUCCUGCCCGAGGAUACUUCACACAAAUCGCCCGUUUCGAUCCUUCCAAGGGAAUUCCCGACGUGAUCAAGAGCUAUGCUAGGUUCCGGGAACUCAUGAAAGACGAACCCAAGAGAAAUGUGCAUCAAUUGGUCAUCUGUGGCCACGGUUCGGUGGAUGACCCAGACGGCUCUUUGAUCUACGAUCAGACUAUGAACCUGAUCCACGAAUCAUUCCCCGACCUGGCCGAGGACAUUGUCGUGGUCAGACUAGGACCAAGCGAUCAAAUUUUGAACGCCAUCAUGUCGCUAAGCACUGUGGCCUUGCAACUCUCGACCCGGGAGGGAUUUGAGGUCAAGGUUUCGGAAGCGUUGCACAAGGGCAAACCUAUCAUUGCCACCCGCGCUGGAGGUAUUCCGCUGCAAGUGGAGCACGAAAAGAGUGGCUUCCUGGUUGAGCGUGGCGAUCACGAGGCGGUGGCCCAGUACCUGUACAGUCUCGUUACCGACUACGAUCUUUACGAAACGAUGAGCGAGUAUGCGCGAUCCCAUGUUAGUGACGAGGUCCAUACAGUCGGCAACGCCCUUAGCUGGCUGUAUCUCGCCUCGUCCAUGGCUGGCGGAAAGUCGCUGAAGCCGAACGAACGAUGGAUCAACGACCUUGCCCGGGAAACGGCUGGCGAACCGUAUGAUGAUGAUGAACCACGUCUUCCAAGACAUCUCUCAACCUGA